GAACCCCCCAGGACGCUCCCGCGGACCCCCAAAACUUCCUGGGGACCCCUAAAAUCCCCCGUGACCCUCAGUCCCCCCAUUGCUCGGGAAGUGCUUCCAGCAGUCCUGGUCCUGGACCAACAGCAUCCACAUGAACGUGGUGCUGAAGGGGUUCCCCGAGUGCCUGCAGGCCGACAUCUGCCUGCACCUGAACCGCAGCCUGCUGCAGAACUGUGCCCCGUUCCGGGGGGCCACCAAGGGCUGCCUGCGGGCCCUGGCCAUGAAGUUCAAGACCACCCACGCGCCCCCCGGGGACACGCUGGUGCACGCGGGGGACGUGCUCACCGCGCUCUACUUCAUCUCCCGCGGCUCCAUCGAGAUCCUGCGCGGGGACGUCGUCGUCGCCAUCCUGGGUGAGCCCCCACAGCGCCCCACGGGGGACCCUCUGUGGCCCGGGGUGCCCCCAGUCCCCCUCGAGUGA